CGCCGCCGCGCGCCUCUGCUGUCCCGCGCCGCCGCCGCCGCCGCCGCCGCGCUCGCUGGCUGGCCCGGUGCGGGCGCCGGGCUCCCGCUGCCGAAGAGGAUCAGCAGCGCCGCCGCCACCACUUCGGCCCGGGCCCGGGCCCCGGCCCCGCCCCGGGCCCCGGCCCCAGCCCCCUGCCCGGUCGGGCGAUGAAGUGUCACUACGAGGCGCUAGGGGUGCGGCGCGACGCCAGCGAGGAGGAGCUCAAGAAGGCCUAUCGGAAGCUGGCCCUGAAAUGGCACCCGGAUAAAAAUCUGGAUAAUGCCGCAGAAGCAGCUGAACAAUUUAAGUUAAUCCAAGCAGCGUAUGACGUGUUGAGUGACCCUCAGGAAAGAGCAUGGUAUGAUAAUCAUAGAGAGGCUCUACUUAAAGGUGGGCUUGAUGGAGAAUAUCAAGAUGACAGCUUAGAUUUGCUUCACUAUUUCACUGUUACCUGUUACUCUGGUUAUGGAGAUGAUGAAAAGGGCUUUUAUACGGUGUAUCGUAACGUUUUUGAACUGAUUGCCAAGGAAGAACUAGAAUCCGUGUUAGAAGAGGACGUGGACGACUUCCCAACUUUCGGAGACUCUCAGAGUGACUACGAUACAGUGGUGCAUCCUUUCUAUGCUUACUGGCAGAGUUUCUGCACUCAGAAGAACUUUGCUUGGAAAGAAGAAUAUGAUACCCGACAAGCUUCAAACCGCUGGGAGAAGCGGGCCAUGGAAAAAGAAAACAAAAAGAUCCGCGACAAAGCAAGGAAGGAGAAGAACGAGCUUGUGCGCCAGCUGGUGGCUUUCAUCCGGAAGAGGGAUAAAAGAGUGCAGGCGCAUCGCAGGCUCGUGGAGGAACAGAACGCCGAGAAGGCGCGGAAGGCCGAGGAGAUGAGGCGGCAGCAGAAGCUAAAGCAGGCCAGGCUGGCGGGGCAGUACAAGGAGCAGAGCUGGAUGACCAUGGCCGACCUGGAGAAGGAGCUCAAGGAGAUGGAGGCGCGCUAUGAGAAGGAGUUUGGAGAUGGAUCAAACGAGGAUGAAAUGGAGGAGCCUGAGCUCAGAGACGGGCACGAUGGUGGAGACAGCGAUGAGGUCGAGGAUGUUGAGCUGUACGAUGACCUUUACUGCCCAGCGUGUGACAAAUCUUUCAAGACAGAAAAGGCCAUGAGGAACCAUGAGAAAUCAAAGAAGCAUCGGGAAAUGGUUGCCUUGUUAAAGCAACAGUUGGAGGAGGAGGAAGAAAAUUUCUCAGGACCUCAAACUGAUGAAAAUCCAUUGAAUGCCAAUUCUGAAGAGGAUCUAGAAGAUGCACCAAAACAAAAACUUUCUAAAAAACAGAAGAGAAAGAAACAGAAACCAGCACAGAAUUACGAUGAUAAUUUCAAUGAAAAUGGAACUGGAGAAGGAGUAAAGGUUGAGUCAGAAGAUACCAACUUAAACCAAGACCGUGCCAAAGAAUUCGAACGUAGUCCCCAAGAAAAUAUCAGUGUCACUGAGACUGUUGAACUCUGUGAUGACCCUAAAAGUGAAGCUAAAAAUGCUCCUAAACCCAAAGGAAAGAAAGCCAAAGAUAUGAAGAAAUCUGUCAAAGUACCUGAUGAACAACAGGCAGUGAGUGAUGUUCUUAUCAGCUGUACAACUUGCCAUAGUGAAUUUCCAUCCCGGAAUAAACUUUUUGACCAUCUGAAAGCCACAGGUCAUGCAAGAGCACCUUCGUCCUGUUCUUUAAACAGUGUCACAAGUAGUCGAAGCAAGAAAGAGAAACGUAAAAACAGAUAGAAAUUCUGCCAACGCUUUUUCUUUUUGAUUGUCUCUAGAUUUUAAAACCAAAAACUGAACUGAAAUCAUCUAAAGAGUUAAAAUUUCAGUGAUCUGCAAUUUAUUGCAUUGUGGAAGAUUAUUUUUUAUCUUGUAAAAACACUUUUUUCGUUUAAUAUAUAUAUUUUUAAACAUUUCAUUAGUGAUUGAAUUCUACUUUGCCAUCUGAAUUGACUUGAAUGUCUCAAAACAGGUAAAUAUUGUAAAGUAUGCAUUCUUGAUUUCUGUUGGCUCAUGUGGACAGAAAUGUACAGGGGGAAUUAAAUUAUUUUAACACAAAUGCUCCUUUCUGUUUGUUUUGUGGAUUUCACAUAGUAUUUUCCUAUGACAGUAUUUGUAUUCUCUUAUGCUUCAUGAUCUGUCAAAGACUCAGAUUGUUUUAAAAUCAUCACAGAGUUUUUCCCCACUUGAAACCAUGACUCAAGUUCUGAUUUUCAAAUUAUUUCUAAAUAACCUGUUGUUGAUUACUAUAUUUUUUUCCUCAAGGACAAUGAUAGGUAGAAACAAAUUGAGCAUACAUUGUUAAGUUUCAAGACUGAUAUCUCUUCAAGGUGUAACUAUGUUGAUUUUAAUUUGAGAUUUUAUAGGUAAUUAUCAGUAAGGUAGAUCUUUCAGUGUUUUGCUCUGAUUUAAGUUGUGGAGGUGAAAGCAAAUUAAUGUAUAUGUUGCUUCCUCCUUUGACACAGUGACAGCCAUAAAGCAUGAUGGAUCAAGGUGGUGGAUGGUUCAGAUUUUAUACUGACUCUUGAAAAAAGGAUAUUCUGCCUUGGGAUUUGUUUUUUCACUAUUUUUAGAAGUUUUUAAUUUUGUUUUUUUCAUCAUAAAUGGAAGACUUUUUUUUAAUAAAAGUUUUUUUUCAUAGGGCUUAUAUUUAUGCCAUGCAUUCCAUAGCAAAGAUGAGUAUGGACUCCAAGGAAAUAUGGAGAAUCGUUGUUGUCAAGUAUAUGAACCCAUGAGGAGCUAAUUUUUAGGAUGAGGAUAGACUAAGGGGGCAAUUCUUAUAAUUGGCCUUGAGAGUAACUUUGAACUCACUAGCUUAAAAUAUAUACGUUCUGUUCAGUGACAUUCUCUCCUUAUGUCCUUGAAUCCUCAAAUGAAGGAAUUUGAGUUACGCAUGCGCCCUAGAACCUGAGUCCCUGACAGCAAGGAUUUUCCUGAAAGUCUCAUGGAUCGUAUUGAACAUGUGGAUCAUUCUGUGUGCUUGACUUGAAAAUGUACACUUGCAUUUUAAUUUUUAAUAGUUUACUUUUUCAUUUAGAGAUAUAAGUAUCUUUUAUAUCUUUUUAUCAUUUACCUUUUUGUUUCUAACUUAGGUCACUAACUCCAACUCUAAUUGUCACCCAUCUUCAUUUCUUGUCCCUUUCUUGUCCCUUCAGGAGAAUAGCAGCCAGGUCACCGGGCUCUUCUUCCCAGGCUUGAUCUGAAAACUUGGCCCCUCCUCUAAUAGAGCAAUAUGCAUUGGCUAUAAUUAUUAACAGGAAUAUUGAUGAACAGGAGGACAUACUGGUCGCAUGUACAAUAAAAAUAUGAAGUCAUCGAAAUGCCCUGUAAAUCCCCUUCAAACGUCCCUUGCUUUCCCUCAUGGCCACUAUACAGGUGUUUGGUUUCUGCUUCAUGUGAGGAUUGAUUGGGCUUACUUGUCACUUUUAUUCAGACUGGCAAGACUCAGCCAUAUUUUGAAGAGAUCUUUAUCAGUUGUGAUUAAAAGAGCUCAUUUGUA